GUGCAUAUAUUCUAAGAGGAAUUAAUCGUUCUAUCAUCUAUUUCGCAUUCGCGUAGUUCGUGGAAAAAAGCGAUUCUCCUUCUCUCGACAAAAGCAGAGGCGUAAUUUGACAUUCCGAUUUUUCCCGCAGGGUUUUCCAAUUUUGCGCAAUGAACCUCUAGCGCGAAGACUGGCCCGUCGUAUUCUCAAGAUUGAAAUCCUGCUAACGCGUUAAAGGAUCGAUGAGCCAACGACUGCCAUGACGACGUCACCAAGUUGAAUUUUGAAGGUUAUCCGUUUGACAGGGAAAGAACAACUUGUACUAUAAAUAUUACUCUUGUAAGGACUGCUUUCCUCUCGUAUAUUCUGCCUGUUGUAAUACAUUAUUUUUGGCUCUGGCCUAUUGAUUAGCAAUUGCGAAGCUCUGCGCGUGCAAAGAAAACAUGUGUUCUUAUUUGUGUACAUAAUUUUAGGUGGAGCAAGUCGUUAUUGUUGAUAAGCUGCAUCAUGGCAUCCGGCCCUAUUUUACAGAAGGCCAUUGAUAUGGUAACAAAGGCCACAGAGGAGGAUAGGAACAAAAAUUACGAAGAAGCACUAAAGCUGUACGAACAUUCAGUAGAAUAUUUUCUCCAUGCUAUCAAAUAUGAAGCACAAGGUGAUAGAGCCAAGGAUAGUAUUCGGAACAAGUGUAUGCAGUAUCUUGAUCGGGCAGAAAAGUUGAAAACUUAUCUGAAGAAGGGCAAGAAAAAGCCAGUCAAAACUGGUGAAGAAAACUCAAAGAAUGAAGACAAGAAAAGUGAUAGCGGUGACAGUGACACCGACAGUGAUCCUGAAAAGAAGAAGUUACAAAGUAAAUUAGAAGGUGCAAUUGUUAUUGAGAAACCAGAUGUUAAAUGGAGUGAUGUUGCUGGGUUGGAUGGAGCUAAGGAGGCUUUGAAGGAAGCAGUUAUACUGCCUCUUCGUUUCCCACACUUGUUUACAGGAAAAAGAAUUCCUUGGAAAGGAAUUUUAUUGUUUGGUCCUCCGGGAACAGGUAAAUCAUACUUGGCCAAAGCUCUUGCUACUGAAGCAAACAACUCCACUUUCUUCUCGGUGUCCUCUUCUGAUUUGGUAAGCAAAUGGCUAGGAGAAUCUGAGAAGUUGGUGAAAAAUUUGUUUGAAUUGGCCCGAUCUCAUAAACCUAGUAUCAUAUUUAUUGAUGAAGUUGAUUCACUUUGCUCAUCAAGAUCUGAUAAUGAAUCAGAAUCAGCCAGAAGGAUAAAAACGGAGUUCUUGGUUCAAAUGCAGGGUGUUGGAACUGACAACGAAGGAAUUCUGGUGCUGGGAGCCACAAAUAUUCCUUGGGUCUUAGAUUCUGCCAUUAGAAGAAGAUUUGAGAAGCGAAUUUAUAUUCCCUUGCCAGAAGAGCCCGCGCGAGUAAUCAUGUUUAAGCUUCAUUUAGGAAGCACUGCUCACACCUUAUCUGAAGAGGACUUCAAGAAACUAGCAUCUGCAACUGAAGGAUAUUCAGGAGCUGAUAUAAGCAUCAUAGUAAGAGAUGCUCUUAUGCAGCCAGUCAGACAAGUUCAGACUGCCACACACUUUAAGAGAGUUAGAGGGCCAUCACCGAAUGAUCAUUCAGUUAUUGUUGAUGAUUUACUUACACCCUGCUCUCCUGGUGAUCCUGCCGCGAUUGAAAUGAAUUGGAUGGAAGUACCUGGAGAUAAAUUAUUUGAACCGCCUGUUACUAUGAAAGACAUGUUAAAAUCGUUGAGCACCACCCGUCCAACUGUAAAUGAAGAGGACAUGAGUAAACUAGAGAAGUUUAAGGAGGACUUUGGUCAGGAGGGUUGAUUUGAAAACUCAAUAGCAAAUGAACGAGAUAAACGAAACUCAAAAACUCAAUUUAAGCGCGCUUGCCUUAUCCUAUUUUUGAAUCAUUCAGCGUGUUUGAUGAAGAUGAGAAUGUUAAAAAAAACUUUUUUUGUUUUUUUCUAAAGAACAACAAUUGAGGUACUAAAACUGGCAAACUUGCGUGUAAUAAGCUUGCAGCUCGCCAUCAAUGGCAGCAUCAAUACACUAUAAAUGACCUAUAUUUUGAGAUAAAAAUGUCUAGAUUAUUAAAACUAAUGAAUACGUUAUUUUUUAUCUUCAACAUAUAAUGUAUUGCAGUCAUAUGAUGUAUUGCAGAAGUAUUCAUCUUUUAUUGAUGGAACAGUUAUGAUGGUUUUUGUUUUAAAAAAACGAUUUUAUUUUUAUUUUUGUUUUGAUUGCAUAAUGAUUGUAUUUUUAAUUGUGACUAUUGUAAGAAAAAAAAUAGAAAGCUUUUUUACUAUACAUUUUUACCUUACAGGUUGUGUUUACGAGACACUUUUUAAGAUCAAUUUUAAAUAGCUAGAUUCAAUGUAUAAUGUAAUGUAUUGAGAAUAAUCAGAGAACUCAGUUCUUGUGUAAAUUAUUUUUAUUGUUAAUUAAAUAAAUAACAAGCUCUACACCGUAA